AUGUCGACGAGCGCAACAAACACGGAAGCCGCCGCCGCCAGCAGCAGCCCGGGCAAGCGGUGCGCGGCGUGCAAGAACCAGCGCAGGAAGUGCGGCCACGACUGCGUCCUCGCACCCUACUUCCCGGCAUCGGAUCCCCAGAGAUACGCAUGCGUGCAGAGGGUCUUCGGCGCCAGCAAUGUCGCAAGAAUGCUCCAGAAUCUCCCUGUCCACGAACGAGCCAGAGCAGCGGACACGAUGGCGAUGGAGGCGCGCCGGCGGGUGCAGGACCCGGUGUACGGAUGCGCCGGGAUCGUGGGCCGCCUCCAGGGAGAGAUCAGAGCGGCGCAGUGCGAGCUGGCCAGGACGCAGGCCCAGAUCGCCGUGCACGCCGCGGCAGCCGCAGUUCGCGCGCGCCCGGCGCCGGCGGUGGACGCGCUGGCGGCGGGACAGCACGCGCCGGCAGCCCCUCUGCAGCAGCAAGACGAUGACGCUGCAUUCCAAGGAUUGGACGCCCUGCUCAUCGAUGACUGUCGCUGGGACGGUUUAGCUCGUUUGCUUUGA